AUGCGCACUUCGUUCACAGAUGCCGAGGACAAGCUACUCGUACAGAUCGCCUAUGAGUUUGAAAAAGAAGGUAUUCGAGUGACAUGGAGCUACGUGGCACGGAGGAUGCGCACAAUGCGGCCAUCAAACGAGCUCCGUAUCCGACUGGCCAGCUUAAAGCGAACGUACGGGAAGUCGUUACAUGACUUCCCACGUUGCUUCUUCGCAAGCUCCAAUGGCACUGCAUUGUUGAGCAGAAGAAGGCCGAGUGGUGGACGACAAGGCUCUGGUACACGGGCUAUUCAACGUGGCCUCAUUGCCACAGAAGCUGGCCUUGAAGACUGUGAAGUUGCAGGCGAAGCGAAGAUGCUGUGCGUGGUGACAACGGCCAUGACGACGCAGGUGAAGGUGGUGUUGUGCGAGGCGUUGGAGGGUCACGGCAAGGCGCUGCUGGUGGCCGUGAUGGCACGUCUGGAGUGGUUGCCGUCGAACCCGGUCGUAGCAGUGCUACACUUAGCGGUGCUGAAGCUAUUACCGCGGUUGGACAAAUUUUCAGCAGAGUCACCGCUACAGAUGUGA